AUGUCGGAUGGAAGGAGAGAUCGUCGACAACAGAACCGCAGAUUUGCCGCCGGAGGCAGCGGGAUUGAUCAACGUGAUCCUCGCGACAUCGAGAUUGAAAGACUCAAUCAACAGAUUCGGGAACUUGAGUUGAUUCAACAGCCGUUUGACGACCAUUACCACCGUGAUGAUGAAGAUGAUCGCACCGCCACGGACUCCGUAGUAUGGGACGAUUAUGAUCAUCAGGAUCAAUUUCAUAAUGUUUUUGCUUCACCAGACCACAGGCAACCACGUCCGCAGCCGCACGAUCAAUUUCAUAAUGUUUUUGCUCCACCAGACCACAGGCAACCACGUCCGCAACCGCACCACCCCACUGAUCCCAUGCGAUCCUUGGGGAUCAGAACUGAAAUUCCAGAAUUCGAAGGGAAGAUGCAACCGGACGACUUCAUCGAUUGGUUGUCUACCGUAGAGUGUAUUUUUGAUCUCAGACAAGUCCCGGAGCCCUUAAAGGUAAAACUCGUUGCCAUUCGCUUACGUAAGUACGCUUCAUUAUGGUGGGAACAUGUGCAAAAUCAACGAUAUCGGGAGGGUAAACACAAAGUUGAGACAUGGGAUAAGAUGAAGCGUUUGAUGAAGGCUAAAUUUUUACCCGUUAACCAUAAACAAGAAUCUUUUUUGGAGUAUCACUCGUUCAAACAACAGUCUUUGUUAGCUAAAAAGGUUGAAAAACAGCUCGUGACCCGUUCCCGUUCCAAUGUACGCUAUCAGCAGCCUCGGGGACAACAACCGCCCAACUCACAGCCCCGCAUUGACCCACCAAAGGCCGCCCCGAUCGUCCCUGACAUCCCUUCAGGGGCUGGUUCCUCUUCGGCACAACGUUGGUACAAAUGCCACGGUAUUGGUCACCUAAAACGGGAGUGCCCUAAUAAACAGGUCAUUGCUUUGGUUGACGAACCGCAACCCUCCUACGACACCGACUCAGAAAAUGAGAAGGAUGACCGGUCUGAAGUUAUUUAUCCGGAUAAGGGCGAAGCCCUUGUGGUACAGCGGUUGUUACAUACUGCGGUGGCAGAUUCUUCCAAUGACACGACAUGGCUACGCAACACAAUUUUUCGAACAAAGUGCACCUCUAAAGGGAAAAUUUGCAAUGUUAUAAUCGACAGUGGGAGUUGUGAAAAUAUAGUUUCUAACACUAUGGUUGAAAAGUUGAAACUGCCUCUUCAUGAUCACCCGGAACCUUAUCAACUUACCUGGUUAAAAAAGGGGAAUCUUCUAAAGGUAACACACCGUUGCCUCAUGCAAUUUUCCAUUGGCAAUAAAUACUCAGAUGAGGUUUGGUGCGAGGUCCUUCCCAUGGAUGCGUGUCAUAUUCUUUUGGGUCGUCCUUGGCAAUACGAUCGUCGGGCAAAACACGACGGGUUUCGAAACACGUACACGUUCAAAAAGGACGGCAUUAAUAUUACACUUGCUCCUUGUGAUCCACGACAAGAUGGUGCUGCUUCCAUGUUGGUUACCCGCUCGGUUUUUACUUCAUUAACAAAGUCGGAACCACCGCAACUAAUUUUUGGGUUAGUCAUGGCCGAACCCAAUGCAGACACUAAUGCCGUCCCUGAUGAGGUACGUCCUUUGUUGACUAAAUUUUGUGAUGUUUUCCCAGAUGAUAUCCCCGCAGGUUUACCAAUGAUGCGUGAUAUCCAACAUUGCAUCGACUUCAUUCCCGGUGCAAGCAUUCCCAACAAGCCCGCUUAUCGCAUGAACCCCAAAGAAUUUAAUGAGUUACACAAACAAGUUACCGAGCUAUUGGAAAAGGGUCUCAUACGCGAAAGCAUGAGUCCGUGUGCUGUUCCAGCAUUGUUAGUACCCAAGCCGAAUGGCACCUUUCGAAUGUGUGUUGAUAGUAGGGCGGUGAACAAAAUUACAAUCAAAUAUCGGUUCCCAAUUCCCAGGUUUGAUGAUGUGUUGGAUCAUUUACAUGGUGCUCAUGUGUUUUCUAAAACUGAUUUGUGUAGCGGCUACCACCAGAUUCGAAUGCGUCAAGGAGACGAGUGGAAGAUGGCUUUUAAAACACGAGAUGGAUUGUAUGAAUGGAUGGUCAUGCCGUUUGGGUUGUCAAAUGCACCAAGCACCUUCAUGCGUUUGAUGAACCAUAUUUUUAAACCUUUUAUCGCUAAGUGCGUGGUCGUCUAUUUCGACGACAUCUUGGUCUAUAGCGCAAAUAUUGAGCAACACUUGGCACAUCUCUGA